ACUGGAACGUGAUGAAGCGAAGGCAAGAGGGAAGCCAUUGCAAGGAGAAUGAAGUUACAGAGCCACAGCCACAGCGCAAUGGCAUGCAAUGACAGCAGGCUGUUUAGACUUGGAGGGCAAGAAAUAAGUAGGAACCCUCCUCUGCCUCUCACUCUCAGGAAAUCUCCUCGCCGUCUCUGCACUGUUCAAUGCUCCCACAGCAACCAUAGCCUUCCCUACCCUCCUUCUCUUUCCAUAAUCAAAUCCACAAGCAAAGUGUUCUCUGCAAUCUCCAACUCUCUCCCCAAUAUCAUGUCUUUUCUCACCUCUGAUUCCACCAAGAUGGAAGGGAGUGACUUUACAGAGGAAGUUACUGAAGCAACUGAAAUCUAUAUCAACGCCAUUGGAAAAAAGAAGAUUUUUGUGGCCGGUGCCACUGGAAGUACCGGCAAAAGAAUUGUUGAGCGGCUACUGGCUAAAGGUUUUCGAGUUAAAGCUGGAGUUCGAGACUUGGACAAAGCCAAAACUAUCCUUCCCCAAGACAACCCAGCUCUUCAAAUUGUGAAAGCUGAUGUGACAGAGGGUUCUGCCAAGCUAGCAGAUGCAAUAAGUGACGAUUCAGAAGCAGUAAUUUGUGCCACGGGAUGUCGCUCUGGAUGGGAUUUGUAUGCUCCAUGGAAGGUUGAUAAUUUGGGCACCGUCAACCUUGUAGAUGCUUGCCGGAAACUUGGUGUGAAAAGGUUUAUCCUUGUGAGUUCCCUUUUAGUCAAUGGAGCAGCAAUGGGGCAGAUACUCAACCCAGCUUACAUCUUUCUUAAUGUUUUUGGACUGACCUUAAUUGCAAAGCUUCGGGCAGAGGAUUAUAUUAGGGAGUCUGGUAUGAACUAUACGAUUAUAAGGCCUGGUGGGUUGAGAAAUGAGCCUCCAACAGGAAAUCUUGUGAUGGAGCCAGAGGACACUCUCUACGAAGGCACAAUCUCCAGGGAUCAGGUUGCAGAAGUAGCUAUUGCAGCAUUAGUUCGUCCCCAAGCAUCUUACAAGGUUGUAGAGAUAGUUGCACGUGCCGAUGCCCCCAAGCGUUCAUAUGGGGAUCUUUUUAGUUCUAUCACGCAACGGUGACCUCUGAGUUUGAUUCCAAAACAUUAUGUUGGCACAGUAGUGUCCCAUUUUUCAGAAGCCUUUCUGAUGAUGGCAGAUAUCCCAGCAACAUCUCCAAGAGCAAUGGUCACUUUUGAAAGAAGCGAAAUUCACACGCACAAUGAUGUAGAUGGUGAAAGCCAUGGCCAUUCUGCAACCCUGCAUAUCUGAUUACUAGUUCUUUAUGAACUUGUACUUUAGAAGUGGGUUUUGCUUUUGUUUGACAAAAAUGAGAAUGCAGAGAGUGAGUUUUAUAGGGAGGGUCUGUGGAGUUGGCUACUGAGAAGAAUCUGCCAAGCUGCUACAUUAUGUUGUUUUAUUUAACCACAAACAAAAUCAUUUGAGGCUGGUGUGGCCUUUCACAUAGUUUCAUAGGAUCAUCUGCUUGUAUUUUGGCUUUAUCAGCUGCUACAUUAUGCUGCCUCCAUAAAAAACGAGGUUCCUUU